AUGAGCAGCGGACCAGAAGAUUCGAUACCGGCCGGCUCACCAGGAGCUUUCCUUCAAGAUGAUCUGGCAAUCCGAGAGCCAGAACCUUUGUUCCCUAUUGAGAUCGGUCCCAACGCUUCGGAAGGCUCUCCUUCAAGCUCCAACCCCGAUGAGACGCUGUUCGAUGACGAGAUGAAUACUGUUAACCCCGAGGCGGCUCUUCCGGAUGAGAUAACCGCGUUGAAAUCACGAGCUACAAUCAAGAAACGAGUGACCUUGCCCAAAGAAAUCCUGGAUCUCAGCAACGAAGCCCUCAGGGAGCAUAUCCGAGCCAACUCUAGAGAGCUGUACGGAGACGAAGCAAAAAGCGAACAAGUCGACGCCGUUGCUGCAUUAGUGCAUGACCGACAUACGUUUGUUCUGGCAGGUACUGGAUUUGGAAAAACCCGGAUUGCUGAGAUGUACCACAACCUAUUUCAACCCAAUCAAAAGUCGAUCGUUCUGGUCUUGAAUCCUUUGGAUUCACUGGGAGACAAUCAGGUUUGUCUUGAUAUCCUGUGCGGGAUAUCAAGUAUAGGUGGUAGUGAAUCGGUGGGAGCUUCCCACAAGAAGAUUUCAGCGGUCAACUUGAAAAAGGGUGUCUUGGACAAGACAAUGGCUAAACAGAUCAUUGCUGGAGAGUUUGAAUUUGUGUACCUGAGCCCAGAGGCAUUGCUGAACAAUCCCAUCUUCCGUGACAUCUACUUUGAUACCACCUUCCAAAGUCACCUGAGCCUAGUUGUUGUCGAUGAAGCACAUAUGGUCUAUGUAUGGGGCCUGGUUGCCAGUGGUGAAUCAAAGGGACUUAAUUCACAUUCAAGACAUGGAGAACGCGGAGUCUUCCGGCCGGGGUAUGGUGAACUAGCUGCUAGACUGAUGGCAAAUAACGGCACUCCUCUGCUAAUGAUGUCGGCGACCUGCCGCCCAAUUGCAAUCCGAAAAAUUCUAGAAUCAUUCAAGCUGAACAUGGACAUGGUUGAGUUUGUUCGAGCUGAACUUACUAGGCCGGAAAUUCGCAUCUUGCGAAUCAACAUGAAAUACUCCCUUGCAUCUUCGGACGAUCUUGCUGGUCUGUACAGCAGCCAAGAACAAACACCAGACUCCGAGAUCAUUCCAACUUUGAUAUAUUCAACUACUAAAAACCUAACUGGACAAGUGCUUGAGGUCCUCAACCGCGCUCGAGAGACACAUCAUGGAGAGGAUGAUCCCUUCAGCAAAUUCGCUCGCCAAUACCACUCUGCAACUGGAGAUUUGGAUAAAAGUGACGUCAUCAACGAUUUCACAAAUGUUGUUUUCCCUGUUGUAUCCUCCACCAUGGCGCUUGGGUUGGGCCAAAACUGGAAAAGGGUUCGAUCCGUCAUCCAUAUGGGUCGAGGCAACCCAGCCUCCAUAUGUAAGAUGCUAGGACAAUGCGGACGAGACGGUAAGCCAGGCCUGGCUAUAAUGUUUGUCGAGCCAAAUCGGAAGAAUGGAAAGAACUGUGUUACCGAUUUCACCAACGUCAAAUUCCAAAACGAUGAUGAUAGAAUGGAUGCGUUAGCUAUCACUCCAGUUUGUCUGCAAAUAGCUUUUUCACUUGAUAAUUCGCUAGGAUAUGUUCCUUUGUCGGUUGACGAUCCAAACUACAAGAAAGAAGCUGCACGUGAAACUGAGAAAGAAUUUUCUGAAUGCUUCUGCUCAAACUGUAAACCCGAAAGCAGUCAAUGGUUGAUUAACAACAUGAAGAGAGCCACGAUCAAAAACUUCAAUUCUUUUAUAUCGGACUUGCGUGAAGACAUACCAGAGUUGAAUCCAAUCAGAAGAUCCUGUAGUGUCCAAACCAACAAAGUUGUCUGGGUGGAGGAAUCCGGCGAAAAACCCUUGGAAGAAAGUCUUGAGAUGUUUUCAAAGGAUUUAGUUGGCUACUUCAACAGAUUAUUCGAGUCGGUGAUGAAAAACAUGGCAACUUAUCCACCUAGCGCCUACUUCUGCAUCAAACAAGCUCGUCGAAUUUCAAAAAACAUUGGUCAACUUACCAUUGACAACAUCGAGGAAUUGAUUGGUGGUGAAAUGUUGCCUGGUCAAAUGUCAAUGUUAAUCAAGCACAUCGAACUCUUCCGAUCAGGUGAACUUUUCAAGUGUGUUGCGCAGCAACAAGAAGAAGCCAAAACUCAAUUGAAUUUGACGGCUGAACGUUUACGCCUAGCACGAGAGACCGAAGAGAACGAAAGGAUCAAAAAACAGAAAGCAAUUCAUGUAGCUGCCGCAUUGAAGAGAGCCGAGACAGCUGAAAGAGUGGCUAAAAAUGCGGAACGUAAACAAGUUGCAAAGGAGGCAAAGUUUGUAGAAAGUGAAAAGAAACAAGCAAAGCGGGACAGUGACAUGGCUAUUCUUCAGGAACUCAAAGCUCAAGCACAGGCUGCAAGUGAAUUAUCCCGGUCUCAAGAUGCUGUCAGGCCGACCCCCUCUACCAGUGGAGCAGUCAAUGGAUCGAUUGAUCCUUCAUUACUUUAA